CCAUACAAGACAAGUAAUUUUUAACUGAUUUGUUUAUGACAUUGACUUGUACUGAAGCACUAAUUGGCAUUUGUACAGUUGGGUUAAUAUUAAUAUAUUCUAUAUGGAAGUGUAAAAAUACAUACUGCUGCCAUUUAUAUGUCACUUAUAGAUGUGUUUUAUGUGACAGCAAAAUGCUGACUCAUAGACUGGUUUAGGUUACCAUGGCAACAGCUAGCUUGGGAGGAUCCAGAGCAUGACAUGAGAUGUAGAACAGAAAAACUCAGUAUGAGCCUUUAGAAAAGUUACUGGUCAAAAAAGAUGGAUUGUAGAAUUAUGUCGAAAUAGUGAUUUCUGUCAUUUUAUUAUUCCAAACUUUAGAAAAUUUCUAUUAGCAAUCCAGCUACAUGGUUAACAGAUAAUUUGUGAAAAACUCUAAUAUGCAUUUUUUUUUCUUUUCAGGAUUCCCUAAAUCAGGUUUUUAGCCUGAGGACUGGCAGAAAAAUCACUGAAUUAACUAUAAAGAAGAAUCAAGCUUAUAAAAGCCAUGGAAACACUGCCGCAGAUUCGCAUAAACGAUGUCAGUAGCCUGGACUGUGAUAACGUGGAUGCUGCGACAGAUGACCAUUUAAGAAAUUUAAAGGCUUUGGCUGAGAGACUUAGACUACAGACCAGGAGACCUUCCUAUCAAGAGUGGAAGGAACACGUAGAAGAAGCUACCAAUGCCAAAGGACCGUCAGAUCUACCAAUGUCCACUGUGUUUGGCCAAAGUGCAGAACAGGAGCAUGCACACAGGCCUGAAAGAACUGCCCAAAAGUUGGAUUUAACACAAGAAUGCAGCCCGACUUCCGGGAAUCUGAAAGGGUUUGGGAAUAUUGAUGAAGCUCUCAUCUGGCUAAGGAAAGAACUGAAGGAGAUGCGUUUGCAGGACCAGCAGCUUGCCCGCCAGCUCAUGCGCCUACGAGGAGAUAUCAACAAGCUAAAGAUCGAGCAGACGUGUCACCUGCACCGACGGAUGCUCAACGAUGCCACGUAUGGCCUGGAGGAGCAAGACGAGCUCUCUGAUCUUCUGUGUGAUGGUCCUGUUACACCUGGCUUUGGUCUGUCAGCACCUCUUCGCUUGAUUGGUGUCACCAAGAUGAACAUAAACACAAGACGCUUCUCCCUCUGCUAGCCUAAAAGCAAACAGGGCUUAUACUGCAAGUCAUGUGCACCAUGUCUCCAAUGUAAAAACAAGAAACCUGUAUAAAACGUUGAUAGAAUAUGAAACAAAUAUUUUGCCACAUAUUUUGUAAUGAAACAAGAAACUGAUACAUCAUGUUAUUUGCUUUUACUGCUUUCUGCAUUGUAUAUAAAAGGCUGUAUAUGGAAUUUUAAUAACACAAUCAAGCCUCAUUUAUAAGCUUCAUUAGAGAGGUUGGAGAAAGUAUGCUUUAAAGAUUUAAAUUAGUUUUGUUCUAUAUGUUUGUUUAUACUUAAACAAAAUUUUCUACAGACAUGAGUAUAGCAGAUACACAAGAAAAUAAUCUUAUACAGUAAAUAUGAUGAACUGUUUACU